CAUCUCAGUUUCCCAUCUCUCCGUCUCUCUCUCUCUCUCUCUCUCUCUCUCUCAGAACCAUGUGGACAUCAUCAGGGGGAAACAACCAUAAUAGCAACAACAACAGAGUUACAAGCUCACCCUCCAAAUCCUCCACAUGCUCUUCUCCCUCACCUUUUUCACCUUCCUCACCCAGCAUUAUUUCAACCCCACAACCCAGAAAAUGUAUGGAAGAGGUUUGGAAAGACAUAGGCCUAUCCUCUCUUCAUAACCAUCCCAACAACAACAACAACAAUAACAACAAAAGCCUCUCCCAUUCUACCACCUCCACCACCACUUCUUAUCGUGGUAUGAUCCUCCAAAACUUCUUGGCUCAACCUUUGAACAAAGACCCACCAACAAGAGCUCCCUCAUCAUUACCCAAUGACCCUUCAUCAGCCCAAAAGACCCUUUUUUUGGCUUCUCUAGCUCCACAUCCAGCGACUAUACUGAGCUUGAAUUCAGGGUCUGAUUUCCUUGAAACCUGUACUGUUCCUAUCAGGCCAAACCCACAAUUUCAAAGUCAUGCCAGUACUACUGUCACUGCUACUACACCUUCGUUUGUUUCUUCACUCAUGAGCUCUACCUUCGAUGUUUUAGCUUCUUCUUCAGUAUUCCCUUCUUAUUGCAACAAAAGGGCUCAAGUGAAUGAUGAUAGUCCCAGCGAUCGAAGACAUAAGCGUAUGAUCAAAAACAGAGAAUCAGCCGCUCGUUCUAGAGCAAGGAAACAGGCUUACACGAAUGAGUUGGAACUUGAAGUUGCACAUUUACAGGAAGAGAACGCUAAGCUAAGAAGGCAGCAAGAGAAGCUGUGCUUGGCAGCCUCUGCUCAGCUCCCGAAAAAGCGUGGUAUCUAUAGAACCUUAACUGCACCUUUUUAAGAAUGAUGAUGUAAAAGCGCUAAAUAUUCUAGUGUUAUCUUUCAUGCCUUCUUUUCUUCCAUAACCAAAGCUUUACCACAUUUCUGUUUGAAAAUGGAGUGAGAGAGAGAGUGAGAAUUGGUUGAAAAUAGGCGUCAAAUGGGGUUUCAUUGUUUGUGUUAAACUCAUCUCCAAGAUUCCAUCAAGUGUAAAAAGAAGAGGAAAAAGAAGGAAAAAAAAAAAAAAAAAAAA